AUGGUUCUUUCAAAAGAAGCCAAAAUUGGGAUUAUCGUCGGCUCGAUAGCUGGCUUCAUUGUUAUCACAUUAGUUAUUUGGUGGAUAUGUUAUGUCCGAAGAAAGCGCAAAAAAGCGGGUGAAUAUCGGCCCGAGAGAAUGGAGCGUGCCCAGAUUCAGGUGAACACAAUCACAAGUUCUGGCAACGUCGAGCGUCUGAUUUGA